AAUGACGCAGACAGUCCGUAAUUUUUCCGGUAUAUAUUGGCAGUGCAUGGCCUGUUUAGGCAUCAGUUUCCAGUUUGAGGGACGACAAAUCUAGUAAACGCCAGCAUGAAAGUUCUGUUUGUUGCCGUAUUGGCUUUUGCCCACGGUUUGGCUCUGCCUGCCCAACGAGACAUCGAAAUCGGCAACUACCCAGCCGAGCUGGAGACCGCAGCUGCAUCCGACAUCGAAUUCGGCGUUUUGCCCGGACAAAUCGACGCUCAAGCUGAUAUCGACUUCGGUUUCCUGCCCGGACAAUUGGAUGAUGCCAGAGCCAAACGUGAUGUGGACUUCGGGUUUUUACCUGGUCAAUUAGACGACGUUCGAGCUGAAAGCGACAUUGAGUUCGGAGUUUUGCCCGGUCAGUUGGACGACGUUCGAGCUAAACGUGAUGUUGAUUUCGGAUUUUUGCCUGGUCAGUUGGACGACACUCGCGCUGCUGACGUCGACUUUGGGGUUUUGCCCGGUCAGUUAGACGAUGUUAGAGCUAAAAGCGACAUCGACUUCGGAGUCUUGCCCGGACAGAUUGACUCCCGAGUAGAGGCCCAGGAUCUGGAUUUCGGCUUCCUGCCCGGUGAAUUGGAAGUUGUCGGCGAUGAAGAAAGCAGCGACGUGGUCCUCGUUGAUCUUGUCUAAUAACCAAGCUCCAAGAUGGUCUAGAUUUUGAGGAUUUGUUAACUGUUAAAUCAUGAAAUAAAACUAUUGCAUUUUA